UCUCCCUCUCUGGUUUCUCUUCAUCCCUCAACCCAAAACAAAACAAGAAGUAACAAACGAUAAAAAUGUUACUUUAAACCAGAAAAAAAGUCUUAGUGUUUUUUUUCCUGAAAACAAAUUCGGUUAAUCAGUUUGUUGUCUUUCUUUCACCAUGAGAGGUUUUAUUAUCUCUCUUAUUGUUUUAUUUCUUGGAACAACAAUUAACUUGGUAAUUAGUGAAACCAGUGGUAAUUCUAAACAAUUAAAUUCAGAUGAUUAUGAUGAUGAUUCAGAAGAUUUUGAUGACUCUCCUGAAGACCAAGAGCUCCAACUUGAGGAUAAAAGGCCUUCCUAUCUAAGGAAGAAUCAAGGUAAAGACCGAGUAAAGGAAAUCUACUUGUCCUGGGAUCUUGAUUUAUGUAAAGAUGUUCAAUGUAAAUCUAAUCAGGUUUGCAUGGUGAAAAUUUCUCGUAAAUCAGCAGUUUGUGUUGCAAGAAAAUCAAUUGACAAGAAAAAAGCUCAAUCAAAGAGGGAAUUCAAAUGGUCCACUAACAAUAAUAGUAAUAAAAAGUUGUCAUACAAAGUAUCAUCUUCCUCCUCAUCUGAUGCCACUUCAAUAAGCAAAUCUGACAGUGAAGUUUUGCCCUGGGAUUCAUCAGAUUAUCUACCAUCUCCAUCAUCAUCUCCACCAUCAUCUUCAUCUUUAUCAUCUUCUUCCAAUAAUAAUAAAUCAUGGAAAGAUUGUCGACCAUGUCCAGUGAUCAAGCCAUCAUUUUACUGUGGAACAGACAAUUCAACAUACUCUUCAAUGUGUCGCCUUCAAUUUCACAAUUGUGUCCACCAUACCGAUAUUGAGGUUGCCUGUAAAGGUUUCUGUCCCUGUGGAAGUCCAGUCAAUAGCCAUGUCCAAGCAAAAGAGAUAAGAAAUCAUGAACGUUGGAAUAAGUAUAUGGACACAUUGGGUAAAUUGAGGAGAAGUCACAAGAUUGAGAAAUUUGUCAAAUCUCGAGCUAAAGUUAAACUAGAAAAUGAUGGAAAUUUUGAUGAUUUGUAUCAUGAAGAUGAUGGAGAUAAGAAAUUGUCAAAGAAAAGAUUAGCCGUUUGUAAUAAGGAAGAGCUGAAAAUAAUGGGACACAGGUUAUCCGAUUGGUUUGUUGUGGUUCUACGAGAUCAGAAACGUAGUUCACUCAAUAAGAAAGACACUUUCAUGGAUUUCUUGACAAUUCCCGAUUGUCCGAAUGAUAUUGCUAACAUGUUCCAUCGUCUUGACCUGGACGGAGAUUUACGAUUAUCAUUAAAGGAAUUGUAUGACUUGGAACAUGACAAACGAGAAAAAUGCCUUAAGCAAUAUUUGGAUGGUUGUGAUGAAGAUCGAGAUACCUUUUUAAAUCCCUAUGAAUGGUGCUCAUGUUUUGAUCGCAAAAGUAAACCAUGUUUGAUUGAAAAAUCUCAACGGAAACGUUUGUACGGUGAAUAUGUACCCAAGUGCGACAAAGAGGGUUUCUAUCAAUCGAUUCAAUGUCAUCUACAUAAAUGCUGGUGUGUUGAUCGUUAUGGUGUUGAAAUUGCAGAUACAAGACAAAUAGGGAUGCCUAAUUGUGAUAGCAAAGAUGUAACAAUCAAAAGGAAGAACGAAAAAAGAAAUUCCAAUUCUCUGGGCACAAGCCGAUUAAAUGAUCGUAAAGUGGAUGAAUUUGACGAUUCCGAUGAUUCUGAUGAUACGGAAGAUGAUUCUCUCGAUGGAUCCGGAUAUGAACCAUAAAAAGUUACACAAUUAGAUGACAAUAUACAUCCAAUAAUCAUUAACAAUUAUAAUCUUCCACUCGUAAUUUCAAUUAUUCAUUCUCAUUAUGGUAACAAUUUAAAAAGGAUAAGUUGAAAAACGUUUCAAGCUCAAUGUAAUCAGAAAGGAUAAACAAAGCACAAAGAAGGACAAUGAACUUAACGCUUCCACACUCACAGAUUAUACAAUCCAUGAAGAAAACUACAUUGCAAUUCACUAAAUCAUUUCUAGUUAUUUAAACUACAAUUAUCCAUUCAUCAUAAUCAGUUAAUCAUCAACAAACGACAACAACUUGAAUCUCCAUUGGAAACUCCAACCAUUCAUAAAACAAAAAAAAACGUAUAAGAGGACAAACUAAAGAUCAGAUUAAUCCUGAUUAAUUAAUUCCUAGAAAUAUAAUUUGAUCAACUGUAUCUCAAAUUCAAUUAGCUAUAUCAUCCCUACUUAAAUUGUUAAUUGUUUUAAUACUCUGACUGAUGCAAAUUUGCAAUCAACUAAUAACAUGUUUACUUAAACAACAAAAAUCCUUGUUCCUCCAACAAACAAAGCAAACCUAUCGAGAUUGUAAUUACUAUUACUAUUAUAUCUUAAUCAUGAUGAUGAUUUUAAUUAAUUGUAACAAUUUACUUAAUUCCAUCUAUUGUAAUUUAAUUUCUAGAUUAAUUUUUGGCUCUAACUCUUUGGUACGUUGACCAUUAGCCAUGCAAAUCAAUUGCCAAACAAAAAAAAACAUUUAUAACGCCAACUAAUUGUAACUUUUACAGAAACAAUUCCAUCAUAAUUAAUAAGUUAUUAAUUGUUAUUAACUUUAGCGAUUGAUUGUGUUCACUUAUAUAAAUAAAUAUAAAUAUGAUCAAUCUAA